GCAAACAUUGCACUAAUUAAUUGCAGUACCAAAAUGUCAGACGCUGAGGAAAUUUUCAAAUCGAAGAAAAUCAAAUUAUCCGUUUCGAAAUUCGGUCAACUAAUUGAUCCACAAACGAUGCAAUGUCACGACGUUCACAAAUUUACCUGGGAGACGGCGAAUCGCCUAACUUUAGAAGUUAUCACUCUCGACGCCGCCAUCGUAAGUCUCUGCCUUCCAGAUAGGGACUUCGCCCCCGAAGAAGUAAUUCUUGGUACCGGAAGUCUAGACACGUAUCUCCAAUAUGCUCUUCAAAACCUUUCCUCAUCUGUUCAAUCAAACCCACUUAAGAAAAGAAAACAACCUUUCCAGCGAAUUUGGUCACCAUACGUUCGCGGGGCAGAUUUGGUUCUGACCAAUGUGAUUCUCAACGAAAGUUGUAACGCAAUGGUUCAAAUCAAGUUCGAAGUUACCCCCAAUAACGUAAUCCGUAUCAGCUAUCAUGUUGCGAGCGACAGCACUCACCGCUUGGAUACGACCCAUCGGAUCGCACUAAACCUAGGAGGUAGACUGUCGGGACAUGUCGGCACGUACGAUCACGUUGUUCAGUUGAACGCCGGAAGCUACUACAGAGUCGUAGGGAAUCGUUUGAGGGAGAGUGACGAACGAAACCCAUCGGAGGACUUGGCUGAUUUGAGAGUGGCACAUCAUGUUGGUAUGGCUAUCCAUCGAUCGGACCGCGAAGGGUUUAGUGGUGUCUAUAAACUAUCGGAAAUGCCGAGUCGGAAAUUCGACGCCAGAUUGAUUCAUGUAGGGUCAGGAAGGGUAAUGGAACUUUAUUCCGAUUUCAAAUGGUUGCGGUUCUCAACGAUGGACGACUUAACAAAUCCAACUGACUCAAUCGCUCCGUUCUACGGAAAACUGGGAGUGAACAGAAUUGAGCAAAUAUUCGACAUGAAUCGAUUGAUACAUUCAGUUGUCCGCUUCGUAGAAGGCGACGAGGACGAGAAGAGUGUUUCGGGAACGAUAAAUGAGUCGGAAAUUCGUCAUUUAAUAGAUGAUGUACUCCUCAAGAAUAUAGAAGAAAAAAUUCAAACUCUGAAAGAAGCUGGCAUUUUGACAGUAAGGGAGGCUCGUGAAAUAAUUGAAGACUUGUUGCUUAUGAGUUUGGAUAGAAUCAGCGAAAUUAGUAUUGACGCAGAGCCGAUGAACGAAGAAGGUAUUCGGAUGCUGAUUGAAGAUCUAGUCUCGGAUAUCAUACCGAGACCGAGUGUGUACGGCAUUGAGGGAACUGAAAGCAAACUUAUCAGCGAUGUACCAGAGCGAAUUUAUUCGGCCUCGAGUGAUGUUGCUGUUGAAGCGGAUUCUGAGACAGUUGAUGAAAUGGAUGUUUUUCAUGGAUUUCAGAAACACUGCGGUAUUCUGCUGCAACUUCGUGCGGUACCUUUUCACAGAAGAUGUAAACGAAAAAGUAUGUUUUCGCAGCCCAAUCACGUUCGGAAGCAUCCUGAGCUCGUUUUCAAUCACAGCGUUGUUAUGAAAUUUGGAUUAUGCAAAAUUCCAUCUGAAAGCAAAAAUAAAACGCGUCCCUCUAAAUAG